ACCGCCGCUUCCACAGCGAAGUGAGUUGCACCGGGUGCGCCGCGGAGGGAGUCCCAUUUCUUCUGACUCGGCAGGAGCCCUGGACGUUCUGGAAGGAGGGACGAGCCGAGGCUGGAGGGGCUGGGCCGACGCGGAGAAGGCCCGUUACCCAGCAAUACGCGCGCGAGACCCAGGCCCGCCGUCGGGACCAGCACGGGCCGCAGGGAGAGGAAGCACUGCGGGAAAGGGCUGGAAGUGUGGCUCAGCUCUCAGCCGGAAAAGGGGCUGCCGCCGUCCACGGGCUCGGCGCCAGGGCCGCGCGAGGAAACCGGAAGUCAGGCCCGAGGGAGCUGGGAGGGCGUAGGGAAGCCAGGUUGGGUCGUGGGGGUGGGGAAGUGCAGGAGUGGCGCGCGGUGUACUACAUGUCCCGUGAGCCUCCGCAGCGGGACGGGGCGUGGCCGCGCGACGCCAAGAGGCGGAGGCGGAGUGGAGUUAGAUUAAAUGCCUUAAUGGAUAAAGAAAAAUUGGAUGGUAAGAUUGAAUAUUGUAACUGUGCAAUGGAUUCCUCAGUGGAAAACAUGUAUGUAAACAAAGUGUGGGUUCAAUGUGAGAAUGAAAAUUGUUUGAAAUGGAGAUUGUUGUCAAGUGAGGAUGCAGCCAAAGUUGAUCAUGAUGAACCAUGGUACUGCUUCAUGAACACUGAUUCAAGAUAUAAUAACUGCUCAAUUUCUGAAGAAGACUUCCCUGAAGAGUCUCAGCUUCAUCAGUGUGGAUUUAAGAUUGUCUAUUCACAGCUCCCUCUUGGAAGCCUGGUUUUGGUAAAAUUACAGAAUUGGCCAAGUUGGCCAGGGAUACUUUGCCCUGACCGUUUUAAAGGGAAAUACGUGACCUAUGACCCAGAUGGAAAUGUUGAAGAGUAUCACAUAGAAUUCCUGGGCGAUCCUCAUUCAAGAUCAUGGAUAAAGGCAACCUUCGUUGGACAUUAUAGUAUCACAUUAAAGCCAGAAAAAUGUAAGAAUAAAAAGAAGUGGUAUAAAAGUGCACUUCAAGAAGCAUAUCUACUCUAUGGAUAUUCUCAUGAGCAAAGACUGGAAAUGUGCUGCCUAUCAAAACAACAAGAUAAAUCCAAAACACAUGACAAAGUUGCUGCACUGGCCAAGAAAGGGAAGCAGAUUUCUAAAAGUAAUAUUGAAAAGAAGAAGCCCAAACUUAGAAAAAGGAAAAGGAAAGCAAUUUUAAAAUGCUCUUUUGAAAAUGUUUGUUCUGAUGAUGCCUUAUCAAAGGAAAACAUGGUUGUAUCUGAGACGGAAGUUUUACUAAAAGAGUUGGAGCAAAUGCUACAGCAAGCACUGCAACCCACAGUCACACCUGAUGAGUCUGAAGAAGGACUUGGAGAGGAAAUAAAUAUGGGAGAAAAGUUAUCUAAAUGCAGCCCAGAAGCUUCUGCAGGCAGUCUGUUUGAAAACCACUAUGAAGAGGACUAUCUUGUAAUUGAUGGGAUAAAAUUAAAAGCUGGAGAAUGUAUUGAGGAUAUAACUAAUAAAUUUAAAGAAAUAGAUGCUUUGAUGUCUGAGUUUUAGAAUAUUAUACAUUUUUAAGUUAAUUAUAAAAAUAUUGGCAUCUUUAUCCAAAGUUAAACCUUAAAAAUGUUUGGUGAAAUAGGUAUAAAUUAUACCAAAGUUUAUAUUUGCAAUAGCUCUCUACUUCAUAUUUUGAGAAUAGCCAUGAUUUUUAGAGCCAGUCAAAUGGUAUUUAAGUUAGUGUUAAAAAUUUAGAAUUAAAAAACCCUGAUAGUUGUAUUUAUAUAUUUCUUGUUUGCCUUAAUUUUUAAAUGGUUCGUGAAAUUGCCUCACAAACAUAUGCUUUACAAUGAUUGUUUAGGCCCUUUAUUCAAAAAUGGAUAACUUAAAAUGGCUGGCCAAGCUAUUAUAAUUCUCAGAGGUAAUUCAAAUCUAAUAGACUUAGAGAAUGUAUAUUUGUGGUGGAAUCAAACUAUUACAAAAUAAAAGGAAAUAAUUUUUUUAAAUAAUUGUUUAAUAGAGUUGAAAUUUUUCUUAUAAAACAAAAUUUCACUUGCUACUUAUACUGGAAACAAUUAUUUCAACCAUGGUGCCCAAAAACUGACUGCUUAAUAGAGUCUCUGGGAGAUUUUGGAAGAUCAAAAUCCCAGACCCUUCCCUGGUGAAUCAGUGUCUUUGGAGGUAUCAUCAGAAAGGUGGAAAAAUGUAAUUUAACGUGUAUACGGAGAAGUUAAACAUAUUCAUUAUAAGAAAUCUAACAAUAUAGAAAGUAAAAACUACAUCAUUUUUCAGGAAUUCUCAUGAACAGUUUUAGUAGAUAUCAUUCUAGAUCUUGCUUUACGUACACUGAAAUGUGUGGGCAUUCACACCUAUCUUUAGUUCCUGCUCUCUCUCUCUCUCUGGCGGUACGGGGUGAGGAAAAGGGCAUUCCAAGUGAGAGAAGUGCAUGAGAGCAUCACCACAGUGGUGAAUUUUAUUGUGAGUUGCCUCAUAUUGCUUUAUCAAGGAGGCAGCACAUGUAUAGAUAUUAAAAACAAAUAAGACACCAAACAACCAACAUAUCACUAAGGACUCAUUGAGUGGGUUGCUUCUUUUAAGUAUUUUUAGAUUCUGUAGUAAUCACAUAGAGUGGAGAGUAGAGAUAGACCCAUAACAGUGAAAUAUCUUAUUUGUCAAAGUAAAGUGUGUAUGUAUUUCUGUCCUCCUUGUUUUCCUCAUGUAGUCCUUAGCAUUCUGAUAUUGUGUCAUAGGAUGUUGAGUUGUAAAGCCUGUCUGGGUUCAUAUUUUACCUACUAACUUGUCUUAAGUCAUAUAACCAGUAAAUAGAACUCUCAGAAGUUGAGUACUUUUCUGUCAGGUUCCAGAUCCCAUGCCAUUGAUUACCAUCUAUAACGUCUUGAUGAAGCUUUUUAACUAGCUGGGUGGUGGAAUGAUAAUCUAGUUUCCUCAUGUGUAAAAUGGGGAUGGAACUAUGUAAACCAAGCAUGAUUGUGAGGAAUAAAUGAGAUUCUUUUUGUGAAAGUGGUUUGUAAAUCAAUUUGAUCUUCCGUUUUACUCUUUGCAAAGAGAACCAAGUAUGUGUUUAAGUAUAUUGCAAUUAAUCAUUACUGAGAUAAAAUGUAACUAUACAUUUGAAAUGAUGACUUUUCUUUCUCUUAUAUUAUUUAAUCUACUACUCCUCAAUAUCAGAGUUCCUUCUUUCUCAUUUAUAAAAUUAAUCUUUGGAAACCA